AACCAAGGAUCAACUCCCCUGAGAGUGGGGGUCAGAACCAAGGAUCAACUCCCCCUGAGAGUGGGGUCAGAACCAAGGAUCAACUCCCCCUGAGAGUGGGGUCAGAACUAAGGAUCAACUCCCUGAGAGUGGGUCAGAACCAAGGAUCAACUCCCCCUGAGAGUGGGGUCAGAACUAAGGGAUCAACUCCCCCUGAGAGUGGGGUCAGAGCCAGGAUCAACUCCCUGAGAUGGGGUCAGAACCAGGGAUCAACUCCCCCUGAGAGUGGGGUCAGAGCCAGGGAUCAACUCCCCCCUGAGAGUGGGGUCAGAGCCAGGGAUCAACUCCCCCCUGAGAGUGGGGUCAGAACCAGGGAUCAACUCCCCCCUGAGAGUGGGGUCAGAACCAAGGAUCAACUCCCCCCUGAGAGUGGGGUCAGAACCAGGGAUCAACUCCCCCCUGAGAGUGGGGUCAGAACCAAGUAUCAACUCCCCCUGAGAGUGGGGUCAGAGCCAAGGAUCAACUCCCCCCUGAGAGUGGGGUCAGAGCCAGGGAUCAACUCCCCCCUGAGAGUGGGGUCAGAACCAGGAUCACAUCCCCUGAGAGUGGGGUCAGAACCAACUCCCCUGAGAGUGGGUCAGAACCAAGGAUCAACUCCCCUGAGAGUGGGGUCAGAACCAAGGAUCAACUCCCCCCUGAGAGUGGGGUCAGAACCAAGGAUCAACUCCCCCCUGAGAGUGGGGUCAGAACCAAGGAUCAACUCCCCCCUGAGAGUGGGGUCAGAACCAAGGAUCAACUCCCCCCUGAGAGUGGGGUCAGAACCAAGGAUCAACUCCCCCCUGAGAGUGGGGUCAGAACCAGGGAUCAACUCCCCCUGA